ACAGUCAUAGAAAUACAGCGCCGGGAGAAUGGACGUCCUACUCCAGGAGAUAAGAUAAACUUGACGUUAGCUCGAAGUGCGCACAGCCGCUGGGAGAUAAGGCGGAUAAGGAAGAGGAGGCAGCAGCGUCGGUGCAAAUGAAUGGACCGAAAAGGGAAUCACUCUUGCAGGCUUGAAAGUUUUGAAAAUUCGACCGUUUAUUCAAACGGACUCGUGGACGAAGAUGAAACAUCUGAACGUAGCUGCCAAUAUUGUCUGUCCAAGUCCAGUCGCGCCAGCACAGGAUCAAAAAUCUUCAAGUGAGGCGUGGGUAGCGAAAUCUCGGGAGAGAAUUAGCUCCGUAGACGUAGGACGCGAAUCUAAAUGCUGUCGUGCCCAUGAGCAAUCGAGACGAGCGGCGCUUUGUUUGCUCGGAGCCGUGAGUCUGUCCGUCGUGAAAUGUGAUGAUGCGUCAGCUUUCUCCCCUGGAUUCUCUGGAAUGAAGGAUUGGCUGAAGGGACAAAAGCAGAAGACGUCCCAAUUUUUGUUGACACCCAUCGACGCCUCGCGGGACCGGCUCAAGACAGCACUGCUGCUUUUGUCGGAAGGUGAUCUUUCAAAGGAGGGAAUUGAAGAGGCUGGCAGGCUUGUAAAGGUGGCUUCUCGAGAUUGUAUGCCAGCAGAGGAUGGAUCAAUUAUAGGAUUUCAAAGCCGGACGGGUGUUGAGGUCUGCACCUUCAGGCUGGUAUUGAAGAAUGCAUCUUCACUUCUUGCGGAUACCGACCCGGUCAAAGUGAAAGCCGAGGAGGAUCUGCAGGCAUUGAUCCGAUCAUUCGUCAUUCUCGACGGGCUUCUGGCUACAGAUAGUACCGGCGAAUCCGUCGACCGGGAUAGCCUUACCGGAGCUUUGAAGGAGACGAGCCUUGCUCUUGAACAAUUUGACGCAGGGGUCCGUGCGUGUCUUGGAAUUGCGUAAUAAUAAACCAUGAAAACUUGCCAGCGGGUCGUGAUGAUUUCAUGUCUAAACGAGAAUUGUUCACAUCUGGGUGAAAUGAAUAAAUUUCCUGGAGAUAAGGUAAC